GUGAAUAUUCACACAUACACACAGAGGCAGUGAAGAAAGAGGUGGCGCUCUGUUCUCUCACAGGACUGGUCUGAUCUCUCUCUUCCCACAUUGAGAUUAUCAGAUCCUGGAGGUUGAACACAGAUGUUGUAUACCAUGUCGGCUGUGACCAACCAGCCUCUUCCUAUUGGUCAACUGGAACGAGAAAAGCACAUCCAGAUGAUCUUCAGAGCUUUCCAGAACCGAUGUGGGCCAUGCGAGUGCCAGUCUCACUUACCUGCACCCAAACCCCAUACACUGCCUCCUGACUGGGAUCCUGAUGAGCAGCUUUCGGUUCAGGCUCCUGAGAGGAAGCCGGAGAACAGCUUCCUGCAGCCAGCAGAGAACGUGAAUAGGCCAGAGAUGAAGCAGAGUAACUCAUGUGCAGCAGGUUCAGACUUAAUGUCUGUGCUGGAAACAGUCAGUCAGAUUCAUAUUAGUGCUCAGCCACAGCUACAAGGUCCACAGUGUGUUCCCAGGAGGAUCUACAGCAUCGCCACAGGAAGCAGCAGGUCACAGAUUUUUGUGGCUGUGGAAGAGAGUUCAUGUGUGUGUCUCCAGUGUUGUGGUCCAGCUCGGGCCUAUACAUUGAAGGGUUUCAACUGUCAAGGCUGUCCAGUCUUUUAUUUUGAAAGGCCCUUCAGAUGGGACGCCUGUUGCCUCGGCUGCUGUCUGAUGGAGAUGAGGGUCUACUCACCUCAGAAACAUCUCAUUGGGACUGUGUGCCAGAGGUGGAGCAUGUUUACCUCUCUCCUGGAAGUGUGCGACUCAGAAGGAGUGUCCGCUGUCAGAAUUCAGGGCUCCUGCUGUCCAUGUCGAUGUGUCUCCAACCAGCAGUUUCAGAUCGUCUCAAACAUUGGUGAGAGACUUGGCACCAUAUGGAAGAAAUGGCCAGGCUUCAAUGAAGAACAUAACAUGGACCAUGAAUAUUUUGGGUUAGAUGUACAAUCGACUAUGGAAUCAGACAUGAAAUUGCUUCUGCUGGCAGCCACUUUCUUGUUGAAUCACAUGUUUUUUGAAAUGAGCUGAUCCUAACAAUCACCAGUGACAGACACUACAGCUCGACUUGAACUACAGGUUCCUGUUCCAAUAUCGUUCUCUCCAGUGUCGGUGUCCACCUAGAACAGAAAACUGACCACGAUCCAAAUAGAUGCAAACAGAUGCAUAUUUGACAUUUAUUGCUAUAAACCAUGAGGUGUACAUCCAUCAGUUUCUUGUCUUUUGAAACAUACACACACUCACUCCUGCACACAUCAUCGCACUACCAAACAUGGGCAGCAUUACAGCAUGUCAACAACCUCGAGGUGCUUUCUGAACAUGGUUCAAUGUCGAAAAUACUCUUGAGGAAUCAAAUGUAACAGACCCAGACCCCGGGGCCCAAACUCAUCUCUUUUGCUAAAAAAAAAAAAGGAAAAAAAAAAACAAA